AGCGCGCUCACGCCGAAAAGUUGCGCAGCUGACUGAGCAAGUGGCAGCCGGCUUCCCUCACCCCCCCCAGGAGCCGUGACACCUCACACACAAGACGGCCUCCACUGUGGCGAUGGUGAUUGACAGGUGAUCUGACAGAGGAAGACAUCAGACGCCGUCCGUCUCCCGGCUGCUUAUUAUGGGGUGUGCUUGCUGUAAGCAGAAGAAGUCCGCCAAGUUGGAAGCCGCCACGUUAGCCAUCGCCGGCGGCAACGCCUCCGAGCUGUCCCCUGGCGACGUGGACGGCGGCUCGUCGACGGGCUUGGUGCAGGGCCGCUACUGUCCCGACCCCACGCAGGCCAUCCCCGACUUCAACAAGGGCUUCUCGUCCAGCGCCAUCUUCCCCAACUCCAACGCGCAGCAGUGGGCUGGCGGCAUCACAAGCGCCGGCGUCACGCUCUUCAUCGCCCUCUACGACUACGACGCUCGCACCGAUGAUGACCUCACCUUCCAGAAAGGGGAGAAGUUCCAGAUCAUCAACAACACAGAGGGCGACUGGUGGGAGGCUCGCUCAUUAGAUACUGGGAACGCUGGUUACAUCCCAUCCAACUACGUAGCUCCUGUUGACUCCAUACAGGCUGAGGAGUGGUAUUUUGGAAAGAUGGGGAGGAAGGAUGCAGAGAGACAGCUUCUGGGCCACGGAAACCAGAGGGGAACUUUCCUCAUACGAGAGAGCGAGACCACCAAAGGAGCUUACUCGCUGUCCAUCCGGGACUGGGACGACAACAAGGGCGACCACGUGAAGCACUAUAAGAUCCGCAAACUGGACAACGGGGGCUACUACAUCACCACCCGCUCCCAGUUUGACACGGUGCAGCAGCUGGUGGAGCACUACACAGAGAGAGCCGCGGGGCUGUGCUGCCGCUUGAUUGGCAGCUGCAAGCGGGGCAUGCCGAAGCUGGCCGACUUAUCGGUGAAGACCAAGGACAUGUGGGAGAUUCCUCGCGAAUCCCUGCAGCUGAUUAAGAAACUGGGCAACGGCCAGUUUGGAGAAGUCUGGAUGGGCAUGUGGAACGGCACCACCAAGGUUGCGGUGAAGACGCUGAAGCCCGGAACCAUGUCCCCCGAGGCCUUCCUGGAGGAGGCUCAGAUCAUGAAGAGACUCCGCCAUGACAAGCUGGUGCAGCUCUACGCCGUCGUGUCCGAGGAGCCCAUCUACAUCAUCACGGAGUUCAUGAGCCAAGGAAGUUUGCUGGACUUCCUUAAAGACGGGGAGGGCCAGAACCUGAAGCUGCCCCAGCUUGUGGACAUGGCGGCACAGAUCGCUGCCGGCAUGGCGUACAUCGAGAGGAUGAAUUACAUCCACCGUGACCUGCGGGCGGCCAACAUCCUCGUCGGAGACAAUCUGGUGUGUAAGAUCGCCGACUUUGGCCUGGCGCGGCUCAUUGAGGACAACGAGUACACGGCCAGACAAGGGGCCAAGUUCCCCAUCAAGUGGACGGCUCCGGAAGCGGCGCUGUACGGACGCUUCACCAUCAAGUCGGACGUGUGGAGCUUCGGCAUCCUGCUCACCGAGCUCAUCACCAAGGGACGCGUGCCGUACCCAGGCAUGAACAACCGCGAGGUGUUGGAGCAGGUGGAGAGAGGCUACCGGAUGGCCUGCGCCCCGGGCUGCCCCGCCUCGCUCCAUGAACUCAUGCUGCAGUGCUGGAGGCGGGAGGCCGACGAAAGGCACACCUUCGAGUACCUGCAGUCCUUCUUGGAGGAUUACUUCACCGCCACCGAGCCGCAGUACCAGCCUGGAGAGAACCUGUGACCACACACACAAGUACACACAUACACACACAAUCAACCUUCUAUAUUGUCGCCUUAAUCGUUUCCUGUCGCCACCGCCUGCGUCUUUCGGGACAGAUCAGCCCGGAUGAAAAGCGCACUUGGACCUCUGCUGAUCGGGGGCCCUGCAGUGAUGUUGCUUUACUCUGUAACCAUGACAACAAGGAACUGAAAGAAGAUGUAGAUGGUUUGGGAGGAGGGAGACGAGUUGGCACAUUAUCCUCUUCUUCCUCCGUCGCCAUACGUGUUCCUCUCCCACCCUUUCCGUUCCGUCGUCCCCUUUUGUUCGCCGACCGAGACGCAACAGGUUCGGAGCGUCUUUCCAAACAGAAAGGUGAACGUCGUGAUGCUCGUGUGUGCACGUGCGUGCGCCUCGGCGACAUUUGCCGCAUUCACCGGGAUCUACGUCGACUUGAACGCAUCUUUACCUUUGUCAGCUCGGCAAAGAUCGACAUCGGCGUCCAACGUCCUGUCAGGUGACGCCGUGUAGAAAGGAGCUGUCUUUUGGCCACAUUACACCCCCCCCCCUCCCCACUUAAAAAAAUAUAUAUUUACCUUCACUGAGUCAUAGAGAUGGUGAGGAAUGUCUUCUACGUUAUAUUUCAUAUGAGUCAUCUCUUUAGAGGUUUUUUAUUAUUUAACAUGUUCCAUGUAUGUGCAUCACAAAGACUUUUAUAGCAAAGUCAGCAUUUAUUCAUUCAUUGGGAGGGGGGGGGAGUGAAAGUGAAAGGUCAUGCAUGAAAAGGGAAAUACAUACAUACCUUUUUUUGUUUUUUUUAACAAUACUGUACCCCCUUUUUUUGUUGAGAUGCCCCUAUCACUGUUGUUGUAAUAA